AUGACUACAGCCAUUCGUCUUCGCUCACGCAAUUAUCAAUGGUAUUGGUGGAAUCCUCCAAAUGAUGUCUCCUCAGAAAAAGCAGCAGAAAAACAUUGGCAAAAAUAUACAGAUGUUGAAAAUGAAAUUAUCGAAGAUUCAUACAAACAAAACAAAUCUGAUAUUGAAAUUGAUGGUAGUUUUAUAAUCAGUCUUAAAGAUAAUGUACAAUAUAAGAAGAAUGAUAUGAAGACACAACAUCCAAUAAAACGUGUUCAAUUUGAUCAAGAUCAUCAUGAUAUUCUUCAUCUGCGUGAAAAUAGAUUUUCAUUACCAAUUCCAACCACGUCGAGUCAUGAACCCGAGAAAAACGAUGAAAUUCCACCUCCAUCACCUGCAUUUUUUCCUAAUCUUUACUAUCGAUGUGAACUUCGUCAACAAAAUAAAAGCCUUUCUGAUGUCGUAGAAGAUGCUGCAAACGGAUUUAUCAAAGAAGGAGAAAAACUCGAUAAAUCACAUGAAGCUGAAUGGUUAGCACAACAACUACUAGCAGUCAAGCAUCAUGGUCAAAGUUUAGAAAAAGUUGACUGGGACACAGAAAUUCCAACAGAAAUUGGUGAAGUAUGUGUGUAUCUUUAUACAAAAGAAUCAUUUCUCUAUAGAUUAAUUAAUCAAAUUCUUCGGAAUCCUACUGGAGCCACUGAUGAACAAAGAAGAACAUUGGGACCAUUCUGUUUUCUACUUCAGCUUUAUUUACAACAACAUCCAACAACAGAAAUUCUUACGGUUUAUCGUGGGCUUACUUUAACAGAUAAAGAACGAAAACAACUUAUGCGACGUUUUUUAUCAUUUACAAGUUUUACUUCGACUAGUAGAAAUCGAAAAAAAGCAGAAUCAUUUGGUAACACACUUCUUAUUAUUGAUUUGAAUAUCAAACAAACUUUAUCUCCAGAUAAAAAUGUUUUUUGUGGUGUAAAUAUUUCACAUUUAUCUGAUUUUCCUGAAGAAGAAGAAUUUUUAAUUUGGAUUUAUACAUUAUUCGAAUUUAUUAAUUAUGAAUAUGAUCCAGAAAAGAAAAAACAUAUAAUUCAUCUCAGAUCAGCAGACAAGAACUGA